AGUAAAUCUGUGAGAUCUCUACCUCCUGGGGAUUCCAGAUAAGAAAAUUCCCUUCUCCAUAAACGAACACUUCAUUCCUCGCCUAAUGUAAACGAUUGUUAGCGAUUUGAAUGAGUAGAUAAGAUCACUUGUGCGUUAGAUAACUCCUAGUAUAACAUACUCUGACCACGCUUUGCGAAUACCCUAAAACAUAACGAAAGGAACAAAUAAUAAGUCUGCUUUUACAAAAUAUACGGAUUGUUUACUCAUGACUGACAUUAUUUCAUCAAGGGUUUCGCACAUGGGUGGUGAUUCAAUCUUCUGUCUCUGUUAUAGAGACCGAGUUAGUCAUUACCUUUCGCUCCUGCAGUGACCACAGGGAAUCUUAUAAUAGCCGGAUUAACUCAGUCUUAGACACGACUUUCACAGAGUGGUAUCUCUACAUAGCCCACUGCGUCGAAACACUAAAAGCUGAGUCUAUGGCCUGAUGCUUGUGCUCUCGCUAGUGUAUUGACGUGUCAAGCAUCUAUCGACCUUUGCGCAAAUUAAGUCUGUUGCACUGGCGUUGAGUUAUCGGUGAACAUAACAAAACGCGUCGUAUCGGGGUGUCAAGGCACAGGUAUAGGCUUACCCCAACAAGCCACACAGAUAUCGGCACAGGACUGCUCCACGCAGAACACAGAGUGUACAAACACUAAUGAUGUGGGGCCUCAUUGGGAUAUUACUGUGUUCUUGCGUCGCGCAUGUAGCGGGAUCUAUCAGUACGAAAUCACUGCUUGUUCAAUAUGGGCGAUCUGCUAGUGUUGACCCAAGGGCUAACUUUGUGAUUCAUGUCCCUAGAGGUGCGAUUUGUAGAGUUACUGUACUCCGUGACGACCCUCUCUCGCAACGCAACGGCUUCCUCGUGCCAAACCAAUUCCCGUGCGAUUUCAAACUCGGAGAGGUAACCUACAGUCAUCUUGGCUCGAAAUUUCACACGCGGGAUUUUAUCAAGUUUCAGAUUCGAGUUGACACGGAAACGGAAACGAAAAUUACUCGUGUGAUUCUACAAGUCUUGGUACUUUUCACACAAAUGGAAAUAGUGUUGAAAAAUUACCCGGUAACCGUCCCAUCGAUUGGCGGGAUCUCGAAUGAUAUUAGCGGUGAUGUGCUUGGGUUCGCGUAUGAUCCAUCUAACGAGAUGUGCCAUGUGGUUGUGCUUCGCAUGCCGCGCUAUGGCAAGUUGUUGAAUGUCACCAUGUUAGGUCCGAUGGGGGCACGAUACGAGUGUAGCGAGUUUAUCACUUCAGAUAUUCGCUACGUCCACCGAAAUCCCAAAUCCUCGAAUAGAGAUUAUGUAACCGUUAUGGUGGAAAUAUCAGAUAAGGAAUUUAAUACGCUUAAGCGGGAAUAUUUCCAGAUUUUUAUUAGGAUUCUCGGCGCUAACGUGAAUAGGAGUCCCGAGAUCGCGUUCCAAGCGUCGAAUACAUUAGAAGUAAAAGGUACAGCGAUGGGAGCCGUUACUUUAGAUGUACUCGCAGCUAGUGAUGCUGAGACUCCCGAAGAUGACAUUAUAUUUAACAUCACUCAGCCACUAGGACCAGGCGAAGGCGAACUGAUUACAUUAGACGACCCUUAUCAGCCACUGACAGCCUUCCACCAGCGCGAUGUCAGGGAGUUAAAGAUCGCUUAUCGGCCGCCGCAUACCACAAGCAGCGACCCGCGCACCUUCCAGCUCAUCCUUCGCGCGAUAGACAGCGAGGGGGCUGCAUCUGGUAACAUCUUGUUUCUUAUAAUGGUCAAGCCCAGUAACACUAAUGCCCCGAUGGUGACACUUAACGCAGGUCUGAGCUUAUUCGAAGGGCAGUCUCGCGCCAUUACGGCAUCGCGCCACCUUAAGGUGACCGAUAACGAUAACUUUGAUCACGUCAGGAUCCAGGUUAUUGGCGGAUUACGUCACGGAUCUCUUCAAAUCCUUGGCAACCGUAUCACUACCUUCAUGGCAACGGACAUCAGUCUGGAUGCCCCCGUGGUAACAUAUCAUCAUGACAACAGCGAGACGUACAGCGACAGUAUAAUUUUCCGCGCCAGUGAUGGUAACUCAAGCGUGGACUUCGUGUUCCCAGUCACCAUUGCUCCCCUGGACGACAUGGCGCCGAUAUUGGUUUAUAACACAGGUUUGAUGGUGGACGAGGGGGGUGCAACUAAGGUUGACCAAUACAUGAUGAGCGCGAUUGAUGUGGAUUCCGAUGAUACAAAGAUAGGGUAUAGGAUCCUUCCCUCACCCUCCCCUACAGAUAUCCACAGUGAUCCCCCCCGGAUCCCAGUAGGGGUAUUUUUCCUUAGACAAAGGUCCCUUCCCAAGAUUUUUAGCGGCUGGGUGCUGCAAGAUGACGGCUAUUACGAGAAAAAUGUCUCGCAGUUUCUUCAAAGUGACCUGAUGGAAAACCGAUUAUACUACCGACACCUUGGCGAAGAGAUAUUUAGUGAUCGGGUCAAGUUCGUGCUCUACGACAACGCUCCGAGACCCAAUAUAUCCCCGGUGCAGACGUUCAACAUUAUGAUAAGUAAGAUCGAUGACGAGCCGCCGCGCUUAGCGAAUGGGGCUUCCCUGGUUAUCACCGUCGACGAAUACGGACAGAAAGCCUUAACUCAAGACAUUCUCCGGUACACUGACACGGACUCGAAAGAUGAGGAGUUACUCUACCUCACCAGUCCCUCGAAGUUCGUGGGUGGCACUAACACGUCACUUCCGGCCGGGGAGCUGGUGCACGCUGACACAGGCCUCCCAUUAUUACAAUUCACCCAACUGCAGGUGAAUCAUGGGAAGAUUCUAUUAAAAGCUCCAAAUAUGGAGAUGGCGCUGUUGCCGAGGUAUGCGCACAUCGAGUUCUCGGUGUCCGAUAACUCUGGGAAUUUCAUUCAGAAUCAGACGCUUAGGGUGUUUUAUAAACCUCUGAAUAACAAGCCCCCUGAGAUAUCACUGGUGCCUUUGACUGUCAGUAACCAGGGUGUUGUAGCCCUUACUAAGGAAACCAUUCAAGUACAAGAUCCCGAUACACCUGUCAAUCAACUUCGAGUUGUCAUCAGCAAGCUACCACAAUAUGGUUUUCUUGCUUGGGACGGGAUUCAAAUGGCGCUAGGUGAUUGGUUUACAACCGAUGAUGUCAGAGAAUCACGGCUGACGUAUCAACACAAUAGCCAAUCGAGAGAGGCGACUGACGAGGUGGGACUAUCAGUGGAGGACGGCGCCCACAAGACCCCAGCAAUCCUCGGGAUCUUGAUCAGUGUACCGCGACCAAACGUGACCAACUCGGUACUUUCCGUCACCCUACGAGUUCGCGAAAACUCCCAGGAACUUAUUAAACUACCCAACAUGUCAUCCAUCGAGAACAACACAGUCCUACUCGUCACCAGCCCUCCGCGUCUGGGGCGCAUUAUGCGACAUGGAUACGAGGCUACUAAAUUCAACAUCCGGGACUUAGAUAGCGGGAUGGUGAGCUAUCAGCACACCGGAGGGGAGACUGGACCCGGAGGUGGCGUUGAUCAUUUCAAUCUGUCGUGUGUUGACCAAUCAGUGAUGGUGAUGGACGAUAAGCGAUACCACGCUGUCACAGCGAUGGCGUUGAUACUACCAGUCGACAACCAACCACCGGAAAUAAACAUCCUAAGACAGCUGAUUGUACCAGAAGGCAGCUCAACACAGGUAACCCAACGACAUAUAGCUAUUACCGACCCGGAUACUCGCCAGCGUGACGUCACGUGCUCGAUUGACGUGCAACCGACACAUGGCUUCCUAGAGAACGUCCGCCCGUCACCAGGCUCCGAAGUCAGCAACGCAGGCAAGCGAGUGACGUCAUUCUCCAUCCGGGAUUUAAAGGAAGGGCAUGUUAAUUACGUGCAGUCGGAGUCGGCGGGGGUUGAGCCGCGUAUGGACUGGGUUGCAGUGUCGUGUACAGAUGGGGCGAACACAUCCCCGCGAAAACUCAUCAGCAUCGCCAUCUUGCCGAGGAACGAUGAGGCCCCGCACCUGUUCACACGUGACUUCGUUGUCCGCGAGGGUGGAGAGCUCGUCAUAGAUGUGACCAUCCUGAACGCGAAUGACGCGGACAAACCGAUGGAGGAGCUCAUAUUCUUUGUGGUGACACCUCCAGAACACGGCAUCAUCAAAGACACUCGCCUUGAGACGGGCCGUAAUGUCAGCGUCUUUACUUUAACUCAGCUGCAGAAGUCAGCGUCUAUUGUCUACCAACAUGAUGGAUCCGAGACGACGCGAGACUCGCUCACAGUGCGGGUCACAGACGGGGUGCACAACACGACGAAGCGAAUCCCGAUUCGGAUAGAACAAGUAGACGACGAGGUCCCGAGGCUUGUAGUUAACGUCGGCGUACGGCUAGAGAGACCUGGGGAGAGUGAGGUAUUGACCACAAGCAAUCUUUUAGCAACGGAUCUCGAUUCCCCGGAUGACAACCUGACGUACAUCAUCCGCUCGACUCCGCGCGCAGGAGUCCUACAGCGCAUGCGCAGAGAUGGGACGCUUCAAAAGCUGUCUCUAUGGGGGACCUUUACGCAGCUGGACCUUAGAAGACGAGUCAUCGUCUACACGCAAGACCCCUCCAUCCAGACGGAAAGGGACUCGUUCAGAUUUGACAUAACUGACGGCAGCAACACCCUUUUAAACCAAGUGUUUUACGUGUUCGUGAGAGCGACUGACCGACUCCCUCCUUCCGUGAUAAGUAGAGAAGUUAAGCUAAAUCAGGGUUCCCGAGUUUUGAUAACAACAGAUUAUCUCACAGCCAGCGAUCUGCAAAGUGAUAACACCAACUUGAGAUACAAACUGACCAGACUCCCGACGCAAGGGCACCUGGAGUUACUGAAUUCCCCAGGUAUCGAGGUUAGGACCUUUUCUCAACUGGAAGUUGCGUCCAACAAGCUUAUGUAUGUGCAUUCUAGUGAGGAGGAGAUUGCUGGUGAUAGUUUCGACUUUGAGGUCAGUGAUGGCGCAAGCUCCUCUGUAACUCGUAAAUUUAUGAUAACACUACUUGACGUGAAUAACAAGAAGCCCGUGGUGACGUCACAGGCGUUGAAGACACGUGAAGGAGGCGACGUUGUUAUAACUUCGUUUGAGCUGCGUGCAGAUGACAGAGAUACUUCGCCGGAAAAUCUACGCUUCACGGUCACGCGAGUACCACUUCACGGCACGCUCCUAAAACACGGUACUCCGUGCCAAGACUUCACCCAAGAUGAUAUCAAUAAAAAUCAUGUUAAGUAUCUUCACGACGGCUCGGACACCACACUUGAUGAUUUUCUAGUGACGAUAACAGACGGGGCUCACUACGACUACUUUCUCCUCCCAAACACCAAAACCACACAGAGAACAGCGCUGCGAAUCAGUAUCCACAUCACACCAGUAGACAACAGACUGCCUCAGCUGGUGUACAACAAAGGGGUCAGAGAUUUACAGGUUCUCGCCACUGGUAAGCGCGGGGUGAGGAUCACUGGGGACACACUAAGGGCCGAAGAUCCUGAUAGUAAUAAUACGGAGCUCGUGUACAAGGUGGAUACACCUCCCUUGAAUGGUUUCCUCACCAGGGAUCCCGCAACCAAUAAACUUCUUUCAAAGUUCACUCAAGGAAGUCUUGACCGAGAUGGGGUAUAUUACGUCUUGUCGGAUAGCUCCAACGCAACCUCAGAUAUGUUCACGUUUGACAUCGUGGACCCCGCCGGGAACACACUUCCGUCGCAAGCAUUUUCCUUAGUCUGGGUCUGGGUCUCGUUUGAGCGUCACUUCUAUCUCAUUGACGAGACUUCUGGCUUCCUUGAGGUCGUUAUCACGCGGGCAGGUUACUUGGGGGCAACCUCGACAGUGCGCAUGUCAGUUACAGGUAUUACCGCUGUACUACGAGAGGAUUUUGCUGAGCCUGUCCAUAGUCAUGUGCAGUUCAGUCCUGGGCAGACGCGGGUGUUGUGGCGCAUGCGUAUUAUUGAUGACCGCAGGCAUGAGGGGAAUGAAACUCUGAGCCUGCAGUUGGUCAGCCCCAGAUCGUGCGUGAUUAGCCAAUUUGCGCAUGCCUUGGUGAUGAUUAGAGACCCUGAAGAUGUCCCCUUGGUGCAGAUGGCCCGCCCCCAGUACGUGGUCGAAGAAGGAGUGGGUCGAGUAAGUGUUGAGCUGCAGAGGACUGGCGACCCGUCAGUUGAGCUAACAGUCACGUGUGUGACACGUCACGAGACCAAACCAGGUUGGGCCACAGGGACACUGCCCGUCUCCAUCCUGUCCUACUCGGAUUUCGUCAUGAGGAUUGAAGGUCCAUCUAGCGUCGUUACACUAGAAAAGGGCAAGACCAGGGCCUAUUGUCCCGUCACAAUUAUAGACGACACACUUUACGAACCAGAAGAGAAGUUCCAGGUCUUAUUGCUGCCAUAUAUAGGGAGUCACGUGGAUGGUGCACGUCAAGUGACUGAAGUUAUUAUUUCACCUGACAGAUAUGAUGAGCCCCAGGUGUUUUUUAUGCGCCCGCAGUACCAUGUGGACGAGAGUGCGGGGAGUGUUCGUGUGGAGAUACAGAGGAAUGGGACCGAUCUUACUCGCUCCUCCUCAGUGUUCGUCAAAACGAGGCAGAUGACGCCCAAGCAAGCGGAAGCUCACAAAGAUUACGUCCCGAUCGCUGAGCUGGUCUAUUUCGCGCCACACGUGACGUCACAAACUGUGCACGUGACCCUACAGGACGAUACAGGGUCCCCGCGCGUUGAAGGGGAGGAGAGUUUCGAGAUUGUACUCCGCAUGCCUGUGAAUACCAGGCUCGGUGUGACUCAUACCGCUCUCGUCACGAUCAAUGAUUCCUUUUCAGAUCUCCCCAUUGUUCAGUUCCAAGAAAAGAUUACACAAGUCCGAGAAUCCAGUGGAGUAUCACGUGUUCCCCUCGUGCGCAAAGGAGACCUGACCCUCCCCUCCUCAGUAAGGUGCUACACCCGCCAAGCAUCUGCAAGAGCACAAGUGGACUUCACGGAAAGGGCGGAUAGGGAGGGGUGGGUGGUGAGGUUUGCGGCAGGGGCGAGCAAGGCGUACUGUGAAGUGGAGAUUAGGGAUGACCACGUUUUCGAGAGAGAGGAGAGAUUCCGACUAGUGAUUAGAGCCGACGACCACAAGUCACGUAUUGGGAGGAUGAAUGAGACGAUUGUUAUUAUCACAGACGCGGAGGACAAACCCCUGAUCUUAUUCACCAAGAGGCGAAUCUUUGUUGAAGAACCUUCAUCAGAAGCCCAACAGACACAGGUGCACAUUACCGUCCAGCGGACUGGCGACACAACGCAUGCGUCACGCGUACGGGUCUUUACAGUCGAUGGGACCGCAAAGGCUGGCAAAGACUAUCAGCCCCUCGACAAGAUUAUCCUAUUCAACGGGAGUCUUAGCACAUUCGAUGCCUCAAUUCAAAUCCUGUACAAUUCGGCUCGUAAGAUCCGUCGUGCAUUCAGCGUGCGUCUGUUACACGAAGAUGAAGACGACGUGACCGAACUUGGGCUGAGCAAGGCUGUCAUCUACAUAGAGAGGGCGCAUAGCUCAGCUGUCACCUUUCCCCUCCCCCCUGAAGUAGUAUCGUUGCGUCAUUAUGACGACGUCAGCAAAUCUCCAAAAGAGGCUGCACCAGGGUACCCGGUUAUCUGUGUAACGGCCUGCGACCCAAAACACUCUCGCUAUGCCGAAACGGGAUCCCUGUGUAACUCACAAGAAAUAGACUGGAAACGAACCCAAUAUAUCUGGUCCGUAGCACUACCAGGGCAAACUACCUUCAGUGACGUCACUUCCGGGACCUUCUUCGCCCGAAAUGACGUCAUCACCCUUGACAGCUUCUACCUAACACCAGGCUCUAGAGUGCGUUGCAGUGCGCGCGCCAUGUCAAACCGCGGAGAACUGGGCUUAGUAUCCAAGAGCUCUGCUCUAAAUGUGAGUCAUGCAAAGGAUGGACUUUGCCCAUCACGUGACCCUGAUCACGUGGGUUCACAGCUUUUCACGGCAAGUAUUGCCUUCACUGGCGCGAGGGGUGACGGGAAGGCUAAUAUGGUGCAUAUUAAAGUGCAAAUUCCACACACGGACGGGAUGGUACCGGUGAUAUCUACGAGACGUUUUACUAUUCGGGAUGUCGUCUCCCCCGGGAUCAUGAGAAUUGCCGGGCAUCGAUGUUCAAAUGUUGUAGACCUCCCGGAGAUGACUACAGCGUACGGUUUUCUGUCUGAUGACCAUAGAAGCCUGGCGCCCCGCCCGCAUAGCGAGCCCUACCAGUACGACUCGGGCCUGCGCGGGAAUACCACAGUGAGGUUCUAUAGAAAUCUGGACAUGGAAUCAUGCGUCUGGAACUUCGAAAGCUUCUUUGACAUAUCAGAGCUGACGCAAAUAUGCGGAGGGAGCAUGGAAACGAACGAACACGUUGAGACGCUAACCCAAUCCCAGAUUGCACUGCGCGUGCCUCUUUAUGUCUCUUACGUAUAUCAGUCGAAGCGUUCGCUUUCUGAUUGGCUGCAUUAUGAUCACGCCACUUUCCUGCGGCUGACAUUAGUGUACGAUACCGCUGUACUUCUUAAGGAUGGAGUGCAGACACCUGCAGGUUCAACGGUCAGUGGAAGCUUAUGGCUGACGAGCAUUAGGAUACGCGACUCGGAUAAGAAGCUUGUGGUCACAUUCAAGACUAAGACAAAGUUCAGGGGAGUGUUUCUACUGAAACGAGGAGAUUCAAGGUCUACGCUUGUGUCACGUGACCACCCGGAGCUCAGCUUUACUCUAAAACUGAUUGCGAGCCAGCAAACAUACGAAAGCCCUGAGCAGCGGUGGCAGUUUGUAUCGGACUACGCCGUCAAAGAUUACACCGGAAGCUAUUACGUCAAACUUGUGCCGUGUAUGGCAGGCGAGGAUGCAUCGUACACGGAUCCUCCCGUCUGUACGGUCAAGGAUCUCAUCACAUUUAAUCUACCAAUUAGAUUCCAGCAAAUACCAGAUCCAGUCCCCGCGCAGUUCACUCUAGCUGUUAAGUUUCUUCUCAUGUCGGAGAAGGACUUGUGGAUGAGGGGAGACUUGCGUAAUAUAACCGCCGGUGGCAUGGACAACGCCUUCACUAAAGAUUCUAAGAUCUACGGGCUUAUUGCGCUGGACCAGGGCACCAGGCCCGCCGAGGCGCGGGGCGGUUACCAAGUUGCCGCAGAGAAGGUGUACCUUUGUAGCGGCCAGGGGGGGUUCGUACCGUCCUACGAACCAGCCAAGAAUAAAUUUGGCUGUUUAGCAGACUCUUUGGAUCUUAUCCACCGCCUUAAAGUCUUGGAUCGUCAGACGCCCGAUUCAGUCUCCCCGAAGCUCGGCAGCGAACCGUUUGAGGCAAGAUUCGCAUCGGAUGACCCCGCGGCCAGGGGACUGGCUGAGAGGGUGGACUCAGAUGGGUUCGCUUUAAAUACCGCCCCGCUUUUUCAGGUCUCUAGCGGCCGCAAGUGGUUCAUGCAUGCUGUGUACUCAGUCAGCUCCGAUCACAAGUCAAGGCGGACAAGGUCAGCGGAAGGUUACCAUGGCAAUAAGCAAAUACGUCACAUUUUAACCGAGACAUUGGUCCAUACAAAGUCACGUGACCGCAGAGAAGCCAGUGAAGUGCAGGACAUUGGCAAGAACAAAGGUACCAACAUGAGAAUGAUCCAAUUGGUCUACGAGUCACCUGAUAACUUUCCCGCUGCUAAAGAUGACAAUGAGAUGACGUCAUCGGGCGUAGAGCAUGCGCAAAGCUUGGUGAAUCCGCUGGUCAUAGGCAUCGCCGUACUAUGUUGUGUUUUGCUCGUUGCGCUAGCCGUCGUGUGGACGUUAUACAAACGAAGAGGCGAUUCACCACAAACUGUGAACGCAGAACAAAAUGACUUGCGGUCAGACAACAGAAGGGGAACGGCGGUGUGAUCGUUAGGGAGGAGGCAAGGAUUGUUACAAAAUAGACAACCAUAAAAGGCAUUUGAUUGCAAGCCUUUAGGAUGGUUCGGAGACACUGCAUAGCUAUGCUUAGCUUUGGUCACAAUGGAAAUGUUGUAUGGUGACAGAACAAAUGCUCUGUUUGCUGACAUGACAAGAUGCGGUCACAAUACGGUUACGGUACGGUAAUAGUACGGUUAGGAUGCGGUAAAAUAAAGGUUACGGUAUGGCCAUAAAA